GCGAGGCGGUCUUUGUGGCCGGUGGUUCUAGCGCGAGGCUGCGAGCGGACUGGAUGAAGUCACGGGAGAACGGAGGGGGCGGGGCCCGAAUGGGUGCGCAUGCGCAGUGGGCUAGCUCCGCCGGUUUAGAGCGGUGUGGGACGCAAACGUCCUCUGUGCGCCUGCGAGAUUUGUAGUUUUGCGGCCCGGACACCGGAGGAGUACCUGCCAUCCCGGAAGCAGGCAAGAAACCGGAAGGAGUUCUUGGAGGCGCGGACCUGCAGCGGAAGUGGAAGAACAGAGUACGUGAGGGAGAGCUGUUUUGUAAAUUGCUGUGAGGAUGACAUGGCUGUUAGUCCACAUUUUAGUGUAUGUCCGAUGGAGCACACUGCUGUGAUGACGGCGGUUCUGCUUGGUAGGAAGAGAAGGGGGAGUUGGCGGUGGAGAGAAUAUAUUUGGAACCUGGAGUUACGUCCCAGAAGGGCAGCCUCUGUGAAGUGGUCUGCAUCUCACCAAAGACUGCCCUGCCUCCUCUGUGCCCUGAGCUCCUUAAGCUGUGCAUCCGAGAACACAACUUGCAACAGGCAGAAUUUAUCCUAGAAGCCAGACAGCUGCACAUUUUGCCUUGGGCCAGAAAGACACAGAUUCGGGACUAAGGGAGACUACAUCAACCAGAGCGGUCAGGUGGCGUUGGCGGCCCCGUCUUGUCUGGGCAGAGGCAGGGGGAGGGACAAUACAACCUUUGGAAAAUGCCCCGAGUGGCGAGACGUUGGUAGGCUCUCCGGUGUGUCACCAGCUGGUGUUAACAAGUCCACAACGCCACUUUGUUUCUAGGCCCUCCUUCCCCACGUGCCUGCAGCCAAGAGACGCCACCCAGGCACGGGAACCGCGCUAGCUCAGGAGGCUGUGCGUGCUGAUGGCAACGCGGAGCCCCCAGCUGCUUGUGGCAGCUGCUCAGCGGACGCUGGGCACGGCAAAGAAAAGGGGUCUCUCCCGAUCCGUCUGCCUUCACCUGGCCGGAGAAGUGCUGGCUGUGGCCCGGGGGCUGAAGCCAGCUCUGCUCUAUGAUUACAGCCGUGCAGAGGCGGCAGCGCUCCGGCGUUACCUGGGGGAGCUGCAGGCGCUGGGCUUCCUGACCCUGGGACUUCACAUUCUGGAGAUCGGAGAAGACAGCCUGAUUGUCAGUCCUGCGCAUGCGUGUCAGCACUUGGAGCAGGUGUUGGCUGGGACCGUACCCUUUGUGGAUGUGUCCAGCUCCCAGCCUCAUCCUUCCAUCUGCUCCCCGGACCGGCUUCAGGACUUGAAAGCCAUCAUGGCUGAGAUCCUCACCCAUUUGCAGGGGCUGCCCCUGUCCCUGGAAGUCUCCCACAGCAGGCUCCCGGCCUCAGACUGGAAUCUCUGCACUGUAUUUGGCGUCCUUCUAGGCUAUCCUGUUCCCUAUACCUUUCGCCUGAACCAGGCAGAUGACAACUGCUUAGGCCUGACCCCGCUUCGGGUGUUCACUGCCCGCAUCUCAUGGCUGUUAGAUCAACCUCCAGUGCUACUCUACUCCUUUAGUGUACCAGAGAACUUGUUCCAAGCUGUGAGGGACGUUCUGAACACCUGGGAGAAGGACCUCAGAACCCAGUUCAGGACUCAGAAUGACUUUGCUGACCUCAGCGUCUCCUCUGAAAUAAUCACAUUGCCAGCUGUGGCCCUCUGACUUUAUCCUCUCAAAUAGAAGGUACUCAGUAAAUACUCACCUGUAGGUUGGAGAUGGCAGAUAAAAGUUAAAAGUCAUCUCAAGUACGAAUUCCAAGGGUUUUGAGAACACUAGAGAAAAACAUGUAAUGGAUUGGCCACGUUUGCCAUUUCUACACUAGGAAGUCCUCUUAGUGGAUAUGACUUCAUUUUCCACUGGGUAAGCGCUGGAAGGAAGGGGAUGAUACAAAGGAUAGUGGACGACAAGCAGUAUGCCCUUGUAUGGUAGUGUUGUCAACAGACCUGUUCUAUGUGGGUAGUGUAUUCCAGGAAGGAAAAAAGAUUGAGAUUGUAUGCAUGUUUAUAUAGCUGCAGUUAACUUACGGAGCAAGUAGUCCAGGUGCUUAAGUGUCAUACUUCUGAUGUGACAUGCCAUUCAGGAAUAAACCCAUAGUUCCAAGGGUCAGUUUGAUUUGGUUCAGUUUAUUUACAUCACAUUAAAAAAAAAAUAACAAAGUCUGAAAUUCCAAUUCAGUUGGAGGAAAAACUCAAGCGUUAAAAUACCCAAACCUGAGUCUUUCAUUGAGUUGUGAUUUUCACCAAAGGCAGCUGUCACAAGUUACUCAGAUCAUCAGAUUGUCUUUAUUGGCCAAGAACACCGCCAGUGCUAUAGCAAUCAUCACCAUCAGCAUCUGGAGCCAUCGGCCGCAUUGUCUCUAUGCAGAGGGAGGGGGAGACAGGAGAAAGCAGCCGUGAGUGAGUUGGAGAAGACAGAGGCCAAAAUAAUCUUCCUUCUUUCCGUUCCAGCCCCAUAGAAUGCCUUGGGUUGGUAGCAAAGAAACAUUUUUUACUUCACUGUCUCACCUCCCUGGGGUUCAAUCCACUUUCCCAGUGGUGCCUCACCCAGGAAAUUAUAUGUAGUACAUAUCAGAUACUUAAAUGUUGAUAUGAAUAAUCAAGGAUAGAAAUUAUGCAGCCAAACUAGAUUGUUUGUGUUCAUAUGCCUCAGUACUGUACUCCUCCUGUCCUUGCCACGGUUCUCACAAUAGACUGAAAGGUCCUUUCAUACUUCAGGAGGUGGACAAAGUAAGUCUUUUGUCUCUGGCCUCAAGAGUUGCAGGAAAAUGGGGCCUAGAUGCAUGAGCCAGUGUUUUCUUUCCAUGUUUGCGUGAACCAAGUGGAGUGAGACAGGCUGACCAGAUGUUGGCACAGGCUGAUCAAUUUCAUCAGCAAGUUGUGACUAAAGCAGGAAUUGUCCCACCACCAGCCAGGGCUGUACAGGAGGAGAGACCGUCUUACUCUCGGAGGUGGCUGCUGGCUCAAGUUCAGCUCUUCUCUGCAGUGCUGCAGCUUGUGCAGGCAGGAGAGGUACUCGUCACUGAGGUCGUCUAACUCUGAGCGGAGUUCUCUGCACUGGGGAGAAAAUAUCACCAAGGUCAUCACCAUUCCUUGUGUCUAGGACAGUACUCAGCCAGGGGAGGCUUCUCAGAGUGAGUUAACCCUUUAUUCAUUUGGAAUUUUUAUCACAUCCUGUCUUCCCAGCCGUUCUCAGAGAUUUCAGUUUGUCUUCCAGUUGUCUCACCUAGUUUGGAGUGUGUGCAUUGAAGUGACUGAUUAUAAUGCAUAUUAUAAUAUUAAAUUUUAUACAUGUAUGUGGUCUUAUGUGCAAGUGUUUUAUAGUUGGGGAACAUCAAAGUGUGAGGUUCUUUUAGCAUCAAAGGCCUAGAAAUGAUCUUUGUAGAAAUCUCUUUCCCAGGAGCUAGUUGCACAUGGAUGCUUCUGGUGUUAUGUGUGUGUAUGUGUGCGUGUUUGUGUAUGUUCAAAGGAACAGUUUUGCUACUUAAAAAAUGCUAUAUAAAGCAUUAAGAUACUGGGUGUGGGGCAGUUUGAGAAAUUUAUAUGCUUAUGAAAUGUGUUUGGGUGUAGGUUGACUUUGUAGAAGUAAUUAGUUAAUCAAACUUCAAAUAGGCAUUGCUAUAAAUAAGGAAGGGAAAAGAGUGACAAGACAAUGCAGAAGCAGAGACAUUUUAUGCUUGCACAGGCACACGAAUAUCUGCAGGCACACAGUCACACAUUAAACUGUGAAAUCCCUGCUUGCUGGCUGCCACACCGCACUUUUCCCUGCCUCUCUGUGGGUGAGUCCCUACCUGAGGUCAUGUCUCACCUCCUUUUCCUUGGCUUGGAGCUGCAAAGUCUUCUUUUGCAGCUGGUCUCUGAGAUCCCAGUCCUUCUCCUUCCCUGCACCCUCAGGCUCCACCUCGUUGUGGGCAGGCUUUGGACUCCACACAGGCAAUGCCUGAUCUAAAAAAGCAGCCAGAUUCUCCGUGAUAGGCUCACACCUGUGAGGAAGGCCCUGCUGUGGAGUUAGAACCCCUGGUAGGGGAGGGGCAGAAAACCACAUGGGACUUGUCCUGGGCUAGACUGAACGUAAUGGGAUUUAUUUUUAUUUUUAUUUUUUUUGACUCAAAGAACUCUCACUGGGUCCCUGCUCAGCCUGAUAGAGCUGUACUUUGAGCUGCUUGAGGUUGGCUUCUUUUCUUUUCUCUCCAGUCUUGUCUGAUGCCAGAUACCCUUAGUGAAUGCUUAUUCACUGAAUUUCUUGGGUUGCACAUCGCAGCCUUUCUAGUUUGUGAUGUAGGUUUGCUGGAUGCCUCCGUGUUAGCCCUUCUGCCUUCCAAAGUUGUGAAAAUGGCAGUCGUAUCCUAGAAUUUAUCUUACCGUGGUGCAAGAUGGGUUUUCAGCCACCUUGCAGUGAGUCUUGGCAAAAGAACACUGGAUUAAGGGUCAGAAGUUCUGGAUUUAGUCUUAGCUGUGUCCAUAAUCUGACCAUACACCUUUAUUUUCUUUCUUUCUUUUUAAAAUAUUUAUUGGUAGAGAUCUUCAAUGCAUAUUUUGUGUUUUAUAAACCUUACAUUCUCUUAAUGAUCUUUUAUUUUAUUUGAAGUUUUCUGGCCUCCAAGUGAACUUAACAUCUAUGCAUGUAAUUCUACAUUGACAUUUUUUAGAUUUUAAAACUAAAUAUGAGGAACCAUGCAUAUUAUAUACCUCACUUAAUAGUACAAAGAAUUAUUUGCACAUUCAUAAAAAAGUCACAAAAAGGCUGA